AUGACUCGACGUCCGUCACGGCUGACUCUGCUGGAGACUUCCGGACAAAAGCUUGACAUCAGAGCUCAUCAGCGUACGUACCAAGGAGCAUAUAUUCGUACCUGUCUUGGAUGUCUAUCGUUUUCGCUGAUUGUGCUCAAGCUAUUUACUGCACAGUUUUACCAUAUCGGGUUAGUGUUUAACUGCUAUGGACUGCUUAUCUGUGGCAUCGCAUAUCUAAGAUCGAAAAACAUGGACCUGUACUUCCACGGACCCACAAGAGAAAUUGAAUGUUUCAAAACAAGUGGAAAUGUUGUUCUAUGGUUAACAGCAAUAAGUUUGGGAUGUUAUAUAACUCUACUUACGCUCAUCUCCAGAUUGUAA